GAAUCUGGACAAGUUUGUGGGACAGAGCGAGGACCUGUUUGCAGAUAGAUCGUACAGCUUCACGUGCACGCACGCACUGCAGUUUGCUGGAUUUGGGAGUUGAGAGCUGAGAGAAAUGGCAACGCAGCACGACUUCCACACUGGGUCCAAGACCGCCCACGCCCAGGGCGAGCUGCUUGAUGCAACAAAGCAGCAGCAGCAGCACGAGGCGUCCCUUGGCGAUGCGCAAAUGAAGGCUGGAGAUGCCGCCCAAGACAAAGCCCAGGAGACCAAGGAGCACGCUGGCAAUGUCUUCCAAAAGGCUGGAGGUGCCAUCCAAAAUGCCGUCGGUGAAACUGUCCACGAGGUUCAGAGUAAACUUGGGAGAGCUGAUCUCAAGCCGAAACAGCCUUUGGAGGACUGAGAGGAAUUCCAUCUCAAUUCACAUUCUGUAUAAGUACUAGAAAGAAAAUCUGUCAAGUCUUUAUUAAUCCAACGAGUGCCUGAGCAGAGCACACAUGCACAGACACACACAGAGCCGCAAAAGUCCUGUCUUGUAAGUUAGUCGGUUCUUUCUACAUCAUCAAGGUCUGGGACUCCAGAGUAUAUUUGUUACAAGAGUUCUGAGCAUAGGAAGCCUUAUUGGCCAGGUUUCAUGCCAACAGAAUAUGAUCUGUAGGCAUGGCACUGGGUCCAGCUUGGUGUAGAGACCGGCAUGUACAUUAGCAUCUAUUGCCACUCAUGAAUAAAACGCUAAAGCUCUAGUUCGUUGC